CGUGUUCAAUAAAAGUGGCUGUUGUGAUCCUUGUAGUCGAUUGGUGUCAUUGCGUUUCCUGAAAAAUUUAUUCUGUUUUCAAGCUUAUAUUACUAAUCACUAACGGCAAUUGUUGCUACGAGGUUCCCGUAUGAGGUGCUGACAAGAAGUUGAGGCAAGAAGAUGCUUGAGGGCCUGGCAACGUGGGUAUUGAAUACCUAUCUGGGAAAGUAUGUGGAGAACUUGAAUACGGACCAACUUUCAAUUGGAAUUCUAAAUGGGAAUGUCGAGUUGGAAAAUCUGCCACUGAGAAAGGAUGCACUUCGAGCUCUCAACUUGCCAGUUGAAGUAAAAGCAGGUUUCAUUGGGAAGCUUCAACUGCAGAUACCCUUGAGGAGGAUGAAGAGUGAGGCCUGGGUGAUCAGAAUCAGUCACCUCUAUGUGGUAGCCGGUCCUCCUCUCGACACCACGUAUGACGAGGAAACAGAAAAGGAAAUGUUUGAAGAAAGGAAACAAGCAGAACUGAAGUCGCUGGAAGAGAAAUGGAAGGCUGGACGUCAAGUGAAAAGCACUGGGUUUUGGUCAGCACUGACUAGCUCGGUUGCAAGUAGCAUCGGAGAAAACCUGCAGCUCAUUGUUGAUGAUAUGCAUUUUCGCUAUGAAGACAGCACUAUUGAUCCAUCUCAUCCUCUUGCUGUGGGAGUAAUGAUCAAGAAGCUAGCUGUUCAAAGUACAGACGAGGAGUGGCAGCCCAAGUUUGUUACCGGAGCAUCUAUGAUGCACAAACUGGUUGAGUUGGAGCAACUGGCUGUGUAUUGGGAUGUCGACGCUGCUCUGGUUGGUGACGUUCCAGUUAUGGAGCUCAAAGAUGCUCUCAAUAGAACAGUUUUUAGAAAGGGAACGACUGUUGAGUUCAAUAAACAUGAUUUUAUUCUGGAGCCGGUGAGUGCUUGCGUUCGUCUCAUUCGUGACUACUCACCGAAACCGUUACGUUCAACGGACAAGCCGAGGUUCCAAGUUGAGUUUGAAUUGGAAGAGAUUCCCAUCUGUUUGUCAGACCAGCAGUAUCAUGGCACCUUGAGAGUUAUGGAAGCUUUCAAUUAUCAUAACCAAAAGAGAAAGUACCGGAAAUGGAGACCCACAGUACCAAUGAAGUCAAAUGCUUUACUGUAUUGGCAGUUUGCUAUCUUUACGAUUCUGGAGCCAAUACGAGAGAGGAGUGGACGUAGAAGACUUGAUUUCUUUUUGAGUAGAGCUCGGAAUAAUGUCCUUUAUGUGACGAAAUAUGAACAGCAACUCACCAAGGGGACGGUUGAUGCAGUAGACAAGGAGGUGCUUGACAGAAUUGAACAAGAAUAUUCAGUAGAAGAAAUCGUCAUACUUCGAAGCAUCGUCUAUGAAAGAAUCAAACGUGAAGCCGAUCUAGCCAAAGCUCAAGCAGACGCCGAAGGCCAAACCAACAGUUUGCUGCAACGUUGGUUUCCUGGUUGGACAGGAUGGGUGGCAUCGACACCACAAGCAGAUACCUCAGGCAAUCACCAGGCUGAGAGCACAGCGACAGCUCUCGAGGACGAACUUGUCAGCGUGGAUAUGUCUAGUGCAGAUGAGAGUAUCUUCAAGAGAGACAGUGUGUUUGCACAUGUGUUGUGUAAACUGAAAGGCGGGUACCUCAAACUGAAGUCCUUCGGCUCCGCGUUGCCAGAGAUGACAGAAACAGGUGGAGAACGGGUUUUUGGAGAGCUACGGUUCUCGGAACUGAGGCUCAGUGUUGAGACACGACUUCGCAGUAACUCAUUGUCAAUUGAUCUCUCACUUCACAGUCUCUGCCUGUGCGACAGAGUGACCCAAGGUAGUCUCUUUCCUGAAGUGAUUAAACCACAGCGGAAAGACACAACAGAUUUUGAGAGCAUGGGGCGUUUUCAGAGACUUUACACGGUUGAAGAAACCGGUAACCAUGGAGACAGGCUGUUUCAUUUAACGUAUGAGAAAAAUCCUAUGCACUCAAAUGCCGAUUACCAUUUGGCCGUGUCUGCAUUACCACUUGAUUUAGUUUACAACAAGAUGUUUAUUGAUCGAGUGAAAGCAUUCUUUAGUCCAUCGGAUGUUCCAACAAAGGCUCGGUUAUAUCAAUUGGCCAAACGCCGCUACGAAGAACUGAAAACGCAGACGAAGGCCGAACUGAGGCAGACAUUCAAUGAGUGGACACAUGCGGAACUGAAAGAGGCAAAGACAUGGGAUAUUCAACUGAGUAUAGAUGCACCACACAUUAUUUUCCCUGAGAGUUUUACUGAUAUGAGUCUACCAAUGGUGGUUUUGGAUUUGGGUCAUUUCUCAUUUGGAAACUAUGUACCACCUACAGAGGAUGUAACUCCAAGUGUAGAGCAUGUGAAUGAUGAAGUGGAAAGCGAGUGUGACUCUGACAGUAAGGAGUUCACGACAAUUGUGUUUGUUAGUGUGUGUGUGUGUGUGUGUGUGUUUGUUGUGAAAGUUGAGACAUUGUGGGUUUCAGUAUCUAGUUGCAGAUGUUUGCAACUGCUCGAUGCAAGAAUGUCUGUCUGUCUGUCUGUCUGUCUGUUUGUUUCUUUCUUUCUUGUCUGUCUAUCUGACUGCACGCUUGCUUGUCUGUUGAUCUAUGCCAACUGUUUUGCCACUUUUGUUUCAUUACCGUUCUAUGUUGUCAUAACUACAACAUUUAUUCCGCGCUUAGAUGACGUUUCAUUUGAAACACCACCAUCUACUCCUCCUAGUGAGGCAGAUAUCACUGAUGGCCCUUCCUUCAUGUCUGUUCAAGGAACUCUUGAAGGAGCAAAAAGGGUUUUGCAGUCAAAGGGAAAGAAGAAAGAUCCUUACAACAGGUACACUAUAGAAGCUGCUGAUCUGCAGAUUUUAGUUGGACUAAUGAGAGACGAUUGGAAACAGGCACAUUCGAAGGGAGUAAGUCCCCUCCAUGUCGUUGACAAGUUUACUAUUUCACUCCAGCUGGAAAGACGUCUUUCAUUCAGCACUGACCCUGGUCAUCCAAAUGCAACAGCAUAUGGUAACCUCCCUAAUCUUGUAGUCCACGUCGAUGAAGCAAAGAUCCAAGCUAUAACCAAUUGCAUAAAGAGCAUCAGCGAAUCUCCAGUUGGUGAUCAGCUUACCCAAAUUGCUUUACAGAAUGAUGUGGGUGAUAAUGAGGGCUCCUAUGCUAGUUCACUGGAUACAAGCGGUUGGGGUCACGGUAUAGAUGACAGUGAUGAUGAAGAAGCCUUCUAUAGCUUGCUUCCGAGUGCUUCAAUUCGAUCAACUAGACGUUUACAGAGCUGCGGACCUGCUCCAGCGAAGAGGGAGCAAAAACUGUCCGACGUAAUUGAUGAGACGAUGGUUGAAAGUCGAAUGCUUGUGGCUCGUUUCGCUAUCGGUGAAGUCAAUAUAGGUCUAAACAGUCGCGGUCGUCCUAUCUGUGAGUUGCGUAUUCCUGGACUUCGUCUCAAUGUAGUCCAGAGACCUUAUAACACACACAUCUUAGCGGUUGUGCAAGACCUUCUCAUGGUCGAUGCUUUGCAGAAGUUUGGAGGAGAAUAUGAGCUGCUCAUUUCAUCAUGUUCUGACUUAGAGCCGACACAACUUGCUAACCUGUCUAGUAUUGAAGUGAUUAGUCCUGUUGAGAGUCGACAGAGUUUUCAGAGUCAAGUGUCUCCUGGUGUUAAUGUUUAUGAGGCUGGAGUGCCUGAUAAUGUGGAUGAUGCCUUGGUUUCUCUUGAAGUGAAUCAAGUAGUUGCUUCAUGUCCAGAUGAUGUAGUGCUGCCAGGGAAAGGAGCACGACGAGCUGUUUCACUGAAUGUGAAAACAUUAGAUAUCAUUGCCAACCAGGAAACUAUAGUUGAGUUGAUGGGAUUUUUCAACUGUGCUUUUCCUGACAAAGACAAGGAUGAAGCAUCUUUAACAACUAAUUGUUCAAGUGUGCAUCAUCCACAUCAACAGGAAACGUCAGAAGUAACUGAGGCAGUAACGACUGACAUUGCAGCAGAAUUUCACUGUCUUAAAUUGCUGUUGGUGAGAGACGAAAAUCGGGUUGGAAGUCAAAGCUUUGGCCUUCCCAAUGGUAGAAAAGUAGCUUCAGUCUGUCUUAAUGACUUGUGUCUUCAUGCGUCAUUGGGAAGCGAAAUAAAAGUCACCGGUUCUGUAGAAGGAGUUGAAGUGCUAGAUAGUACCCCUGAAGGCUGGUUACACAGAGAAAUAUUCAAAAUUGGUGUUAUUCCUGGUAGGAGAUCAAUAGUGCUAUCUGAAAAGGAAGAUGAGGAGGGUCCACAACGAGCUUUCUCGUUUGAAUUAAGCAAACAACAGAGCGAUUAUGAUCAAACGAUCUCAGAAGUUUCUGUGAAAGCUCAGUUGGCUGCAUUGCAUUAUCUGCACACACAGACUUUUCUUAAUGAGAUUCAACUUUGUGCAUCAGAUUUUCAGCACUUUACGUUGGAGUUAGCCACAUCUAUUCGUACUGCAGCUGCUGGUGUUGCAAUGGGAAUUGUUGGUCAGAAAGAGACUUUAAAGGGAGGUGUUAAUUAUUUAUCUAAAUCACUUGCUGGUUAUUCUUUGGAUGAGACAGAUGGGUUGCUUGCUGAAGACACAUUUGAUGGAAUUAGCAAGGCAGAGGUCUCAAGCAAAGUGUUUCUCUAUAUUAGUAUUGGUAGUCCUGUUUUGUUGGUACCGAGAGGGUCAGAUAGUGAGGAGAUGUUUAUUGCUCAUCUCGGUCAUAUUACUGCUUCAAAUAGCUUUGUACAAGAGGAUGAUCAGGUAGGAGAGGUUGACAGGCUAGCAGUGACAGUCAAGGAUAUGCAUUUGUUUAGCUGUCAAAUAAACACAAACGAAUGGCAGCAGAUGUCAUCUAUGGAGAUGGCCCUAAGUGUUAAAGAUAGAACAGAAAUUCUGCAUGAUACAACUCUUAAACUGACAAUUAAUCGAUCAAUUCAGCCCAUUAUGUUGGAAAAUGAUGAUGUUAUCACACUUCCUGAUGCAAAGGACCAACAAGUUUAUGCUUCUGCUAUUGCCCCUUUAUAUGUGUCUGGAGAGAUGACAACUCCAUUGAAAGUGACGUUAUCAAAGCCAGUCUUUAAGCAAGCAUUAGCAACUCUUGAUUUUGUGACAGGAGACAAAACUAAAGAGAACAUGGACAGGUCGAUGGCAUCAUCAAAGUUUAAUGACAAAGAAGAGACCAAUGCAGCUGCAGCAAAUGAUCAAGACUCCAAAUUUCAUCCACUUGUUGCUCAGUUUGCAAUUCCUGAGGUUUCGUUGAUUGUACGUGGGACUGUAGCAUCAAAUCAGGGGUCUGCAUUGAUGGAUGAAGACAUUGUAGAAGUCUCACUUGAGCACUUCUCAUUAAUGGCUGAGAAACGGGAACAGUUCAUAACGCAAUUAGAGGUGAAACUUCAUGGGCUUCUCGUCAAAGAUUUGAUACAACAAAAGGACACAAAGUAUGAUCACAUUAUAUCAUCAUAUCUUGGUGUUGAUCAUGGCAAUGCAUGUCCCUCACCGUUUCCGUCUAUACAACGACCAUUUGGCUUUCAUUCUUUGAGUCAGUCUUUGCUAAAACAGUCUGUCAACAUGUUUCAUUCACUACCAGCUGCUUCUUCUUCUCCAAUUAGGCGACCUCAAAACAGGGGAUUGUCUGCACUAAGUGGGCAAAUGCGGGCAUCUCCUAUUGGAGAGCCAUCAAAUGUCAAACAAUCAGAUCAUGGGAGGGAGCUUGAUCUAGUCAAUGUUAACGUGCUGCUUGUUGAUAAACAGUCACCAAAAUUUGUAACCAAAUAUGAGUCUGUCAAUCGGUUUGUUGAUGUGGAUUUCAAUGUACUUGAUGCUGUUGUCAACUUGCAGACAUGGGUGAUUCUGUUUGAUUUCUUUGGCAUUGGUGUUCCAGAUCAAAUGAAUGUUAGCAGCUCAAAUCCUCGUCAUCCAGCUGAUAAAUCAUCUACAACAGAUGCUCCUUUCCAACCGAAUGUUGCAGCAAUUCCACCAGAUAAACCCAAUAUGAAUAUUGCUGUUCGGGCAAAUGCUUUAACACUAACCUUGAAUAAGUCUCAAUAUCCUCUGGCUAAGGCAUCUCUGUCAGGUCUUCAAGCUACAGUGUUGUCAAGAAAAACAAAUAAUUGUAUUUCUGGUAUGCUGAAAUCUCUCUCUUUGCGUGAUGUGUCUCCUAAUGGUGACAUUUAUAAGGAAAGGUUGUCAACAGUUGACAAUAAAGAAGUCAUGUUUAACUUUGUAAAAUACAGUCUUUCUGACUGGGAAUUAAAGCGUGAAUACGAUGUCAGCGUGAAGCUGGCUGUGCCUGCAGUGCGGUAUGUACACACUCAACGCUUCCUUCAAGAGACUGUUGCCUUUUGCCAGCACUUUGUCCAGAUCAUGGAUGCAUACCAACGAAUGAAAGCCGCAGCUGCAGACAAUCUGGACUAUCGUGGUCCAACACGUUCACCACGCAUUCUACUGGACAUCAAAGCUGACAGUCCGUUGGUGUUGGUUCCAAGAAGUUCAGCAUCAGUCGACAUGCUUGUCAUUGACUUGGGUCAUCUUCGAGCUACAAACAAGUUUCAAUUUGCUGGAUCACCAGGUGCAAUAAGAGAAAACACACGUCCUACAGGGCCACCUUUAGCCAUUCCUAAUCAGUCAAUGAAAGAUGAGAAGCAAGACGUUGGAACUGAUCUUGCCAGCAGUUAUGGAGUCUCUCCUUCCAUUGCUGGAUCUCUUAAAUCACCAGAGGCCGAGAAGGAAUGCUUGUCAUGGGAGGCUGCUCGUUUUACUGGGCCUUGCUUGCUUGACUGCAUUACUUUGUCGCUAUCAGACAUGGACGUGUAUACCGCAAAGCGAGAAGAUGGACAAGAUCAAACGAAGAAGUCAAACUUGCUGAGAGUGGGGAGAAACAGAGGUCCAAUGUUGGAUGGUAAAUGCAAACUCAAUCUGAGAAUUGAACGCAACUUGUGUAACGAUUUGAGCAAAGCAGUCCCUGAGUUUCUGGUUGCUGGACAGUUGUCAUCAGUGCAUGUGCUCAUUGAUCCAUUCCAGCUGGCUCUUAUCAAAGAUUUACUAGACUACAAUCUAGGGGAGCCACUCGAAGAGUUCGAACGUCCUGAGAGCGUUAUUCGCGAUCCCAUUAUUCCGCCGACGUUUGAUGGUGUGUGGACAGUCAUUGAUUUGACUUUGGAGUUGGUUAAUGUCAAUGUCCAGUUGGUGCUCACACAUGAACGCUCUGAGUCUCGAGGUCCAUGUCUCUCUUUGGCUCAAUUUGAAUUGGAGACGUCGCAGCUGCACUUGGAAACAUUUUCUGACAAAUCGAAGACAGUAAAUCUGAGGUCAGGUGCUCUGCGAGCAAAUGACAUACGACAGCAAGAUGCUACUAAAGAUGAGGUUUCAAACAAGUUUACUAAGGUUCUCAGUCCAGGUCAACGUGGCACAACAGACUCGCCACAACUCGAGAUCUCUUAUCGCAUGACAGAGAAACGAAAUCGUCUUUCUGUCGUCCUUCAUCAAGCUCGUCUUGUUGUCAUGCUUGACUGGCUUUUGCGAGUUAAAGAGUUUCUCCUCACUAAACCUGAAGACGUGAAGAAACAAGAAAGUAGUGACGACGAUGACACUGAUGAAGUGGAUUUUCAUAAUCUCGUUCCUUCACCUGUCACUAAAUCUCGUUUUUUACAAAAGCAGUCAAAGCCGCUUGACAUAAGUUUGAGUAUAACACAAACCGAUUUCAUUGUUGUUGAGGACACUGCCAAUCUGCAUAGCCACGCAGUCAUCCUGAAAUGGACACUUGUUUUGACAUCGCGCGAGUCAGAUCUCAGUGAAAGGUCACUGUCAAUGAGUCUGUCAGAUAUUGAGCUUUUCUCGUGUAGGUUAGGAAACGAGGAAGAGACGGCGCUUUCAAUUAUAGAUCCAGCUAGCAUUAGUGUUUCUCUUGAUCCACAUUCAUUGUCAUUAUCUUCAUUGAGCCAGAUGCGUAGUCAGUCGACUGCCAACCAGCCUGCCUCUCCAGACUUACCAACACUUGAAAUUGUAAUCCAAAACGGAGCAAAUGUUCGGUUGUCGUAUCGUGACUUGGAAUUGUUUCUUGCUAUUUUAUCUACUCUGAAACAUCAACUUCAAGGACAAUCGAUAUUUUCAUCGUCUGCAAACGAAACUGAAAUUGAGUCUGGGUCUGAGAUGGAAGAUAGUGAUAGUGAGUCUCAACCAGUCAACAGUGUUAUGUUAAGGCGUUUAAGGGGGCUGGGAUAUCGAGAGGAUUUGUGUGAACAAGCGCUGCAUAAAACUGGUGGAGACUUGAACCGAGCAGCAGAUUGGUUAGUAGACAAUGCUCCAGAAGAGAAAGCCGAGACGUUACCAACAAAGAAGAUGAUGGCAGGUUCUAUCGAUAUCAGAUGUUCAUCAUUGAGAGUGACUGUCAUUGAUGAUUGUGGAGAUUCUGAUGUGCCACUUACUGAAGUAUCCAUUAGCAAGCUGCACGUAUCUCACAACUUGUUGCAAGCAGAAACAGGCACACUGCAAGGAACGAUUCAGGGAGAGUAUUACAAUACCAAUUUGGGAGCGUGGGAACCAUUUCUCGAACCAUUGAGUUGCAAAGUGAAGUGGAGCCAAGUGCCUAAUGGAAUGUCUAGUAGACGACUCAUCAAAGUUGGAGCUGAAAAUAAUGAGCAGCUGCAGCUGAAUGUGACUUCCAUGUUGCUGGAGACGAUUAAACGUACGCAGUCUCGUUGGUCUGAAGAGUACAGCAAGUUUAGUCAACAGUCGAGCUCGGGUCAUCUAAUCCGUCCUACUCAGAUAUGCGGGCGGACACACUUUGUUCCAUUUAUAUUACGGAACAAUGCAGGCUGCCACCUGCAGUUUGCCACAUCUGUAGUAGUGCCAUCAAAGGUGUCUUCUGUUGGUGACAGCGGAGAGCUAAGUCUUGCCAGUCUCCCGUCUGUUGCUGCCAAGAGAGGAUCCUUAAAGCAAAAUACAGGAUUAGUAUCGACUUCGGAAUGGAAAUCUGUGGCACCAGGAGAGGAUUGCCCUUUUGGGUAUGAGACUCACAAGAAGAGAAGACAUCACAGAAGCUCAACGCCGCAACUUUAUCAGCUACAAGUUCAACUCGAUGGCUGGCGACCCAUUUUUCCUCCCAUCUCAGUCGACAAAGUAGGCGUCUUCUUCCGUUACAUUGAACCACAGACAGAAGGCGAUAUUGCUUUUGAACCAUUUACAGUUCGAGACAGUCAACCCGUUCGUGUCAUUUUUGCUAUCUCAGUUGUCGGAGCUACAAAAAUCAUAAACGUUCGUUCAGGCCUCGUUUUUCACAACAAGAUGGAUAUUCCGGUAGAAGUCACUGUUGAGCGCCCGAAACCGCAGAAAAGUAGCAAAGACUUAAUUUUAGAAAAUACUCUGCCUCCGAUUCAACCUUUUACUAAAGCAGCUGUUCCACUCCAUUUGAAUCUCUGGAAUCUUAGAGCUCGACCUGUUGGCCGAGACUGUCGGUUUUCAGAAUCAAAUAUUGAAUGGAGGCAUGUAGUAUUGUCUCGACAACAAAAAUUACAUUGUUGUUAUCCGAAUAGCCAUCAGGGAGCUGUAUUGAAGUUCUGUACUACUGUACAGCGGGACGGGUAUCCGAAGACACAAAACCCAGAGCCUGGACACACGAUUACAAUUCAACCACCGAUUACUGUUUAUAAUUUGCUACCAGUUGACAUGACCGUUCGUGUGCUGAUGGAUAGUUCUAAGGUUCGUCAUCCACUGAAACCAGGAAAAAGAGUUUCUCUUUAUGAGGUUGACCCUCGCAAUGGUUUGAAUUUUGGAGUCAUUUUGGAUGGAUUUCCACAUUGUGAAGAUGUCUUUGUUCCUCUUGCACGCGAUUACAUUCUUCGGCUGUGUGUUUGGGACUCUAUGAACCGUCCGCUGUGGUUAUAUGCAAAGACAGAAGUGUCAGGGAAGGCACUAAAGGUUUACGUUUUGUGUCCGUUUUGGUUGGAGAACUGCACUGGAUUGCCACUCAUUUUUAAGAAUGAUGGAUCUUAUAGAGAAGCAGCUGGACAGCAUGAGGAACAUGAGCAGGCUCGAAGCAUGUCUCCACUGCUGUUUUCAUACAGUCUGCCAGAUCUCCCUAACAAAUGUUGUGUUCGUGUUGGCAAUUAUUAUCAACGCUUUAGUAAAAUGCCACUGUGGAGUCAAAGGUUUCGGCUCGAGAAAUCUGAUGGCGACUUUAUUCAAGUUCAUGUCAGUCAAGGACACAACAGACCAGACAUAAUUCAUGAAAUCGGAUAUACAACGAGACGUGGGAAGGGACUGUACGUGGACACAAUGAUUGUGAAAUUUGUAACCCGAUUCAUGUUGUUCAACAACUCGAGUCAUCGUUUAGCAUACUCCCAGAGAUACGAAACACAGCAGUCAAACUGUACACCAGCCAUUGCCUUGCCAAAUUCAGUGAUGCCUUUCAACUGGAGUCGAGUUGACCUUGACCAGCUUCUAUGUAUCAGGAUUCAAGACAUCGCAGACUGUCAGUGGUCUGGUGGUUUCAAACUUAAUGUGGAUAACUCAUUUCAUGUGAUCAUGAGAGGUGCACUGGAUCGUUCAUAUUUUAUUCGUGUGCAGACAAGUCUCAAAGAUGCCACUUAUCAUGUUGUUUUCUCAGAUGCUGGACGUGUUCCUCCACCAUUCCGCAUCGAAAACUUUUCAAAAGUGCCUAUUGUGUUCUAUCAGAAGCAACAAGAUAGUUUGCUAACACGAGAGUUGAAACCACAGCAAUCAGUACCGUACGCUUGGGAUGAGCCUACCUGUUCACAGAAGUUAGUUCUGGCUGUCGUUGACGGAUCUCAGAAGAAAUUAUAUGACAUCAAUGAAAUGGGAGAAAAGGAACCACUGACAUAUGAGAAUUACAGCUACAUUGCCGCUGAAUGUACUGUUUUGUCUACAAAUCAAAGUCAAGGGUCUGGUGCUAUACAGCGUCACAUUAAUCAAGGCAUUGACUCUGAGCUGGUUCUUGAUGUUCCACAAGGCACAGCAGUGAUUUUCAGGCGUCGUGAAUCUAAUCGGAUUUCACAGUUAUGGCGUAUGACAGCUGCAGGGCAACUUGAACACAUGGGAUCUGCAUUCAUGAGAAGGUCAGAAAGGAGACAGCUGAUGGUGCUAGACAUUACUGAUGAUUCCCGGUCUCGGACUUGUAUUCCACUUGUGAUAAGAAAACUGGACAGGGCACGGGCAUCAACACAAACGUGGAAGUUUGAUGCAGACAAGCGGCUAUCAUGUGGUAUGCCUAGGAUGUUUGUACAACCUAAAGGGGAGAUGAGAUUUCUUGUUGAUGGUUGUGAUGCUGUUCUGGCUCUUGAUAGUCACAUUAGUGGUGGCCAGAGAGUUUCACCAGAGCAAGUGCUCAGAGUGAUGAAGCAGAAGGAAGGCUCUGGAUCUUUGUCUGUCCAUGUCACUCCUGAUGGCCCAACAAGAAUCAUUCAAAUAGUUGACAAGGUGGCGAGACGUAUGACCAGCAGUAGUCGUUCACUGUCUCGUACACAUCAACUUCGGUCUCAAUUAUCUCGUUCCUCGUCCGUUGAUUCGACAUUGCAAUAUGAGACCAGCGUUGAUCAGGAACCAGAUUCAAUCGGCAAUGACUUUCAGGUGAUUCUUCGCUUGGGGGUUGCCCUCUCUGUGAUUAACUCUGUACCAGAAGAGGUGUGUUACUUGACACUGUCAGGUUUAGAGAUUAACGUUUUAGCAACAGGUACUAGUCAGUCACUUGAUGUAAAAAUACAACAAAUUCAGGCUGACAAUCAACUCAUUGAAGCACAGACAUCAGCUAUAUUGUAUAGAACACAGCAUUCUAGUCGAUCAGAGAAAGAUGGCUUUGGAGCUUGUCGCAUUAAUGCAAAGCGGUCUUUGUCUCGUCAUGCUGGUGUAGAAGUAUUAACUAAAUUAGAUGUAUCUAUUAGACCAAUGACUCUUCAGCUGGAAGAGAGAUUGUUGUUAAAGCUUCUCCAGUUUGGUGGAUUUGCAGUUGAUGAGGACAGCGAAAUUGGUAGAGAUCUUCUUCCUCUUACAGAGCAAUUACAUGGCGCCUUUCUAAAACCAGCAUCAGUGGACAAGCUCUACUACAUUAACAAAUUCACAUUGUACGAUAUUGAUCUCAAGCUGAGUUUACUGACAUCCAAGCGUUUGUCAGAUGAUCUGCUGGCAGUGAGAAGGCAGUUACCCAUAAUUUUGUUUCAAUUUGAAAAUGCCAGCAUUGUUUUGGAUGCCUACAGCAGAGACCACUCAUGUAACUCUUUGAAGGAUCAUUUGGACAACAUUGGGAAACACUACAACAAACAAUUCACAGGUCAAGCCGCCAGCAUUAUCGGUUCUGUGGACUUUUUGGGUAACCCGUUUGGUCUACUGAGUGAUGUCACAUCUGGUGUCAGUGGAGUGAUGACAUCAGGAAAUCUUCCUGGCUUAGUAACACAAGUAGCUCAUGGCUUGUCAGAUACGGCAUCUAAGUUGACUGGGACUGCUUCUAAUGUGUUGGAGAAAGUGACAAUGGAUGAACAAUAUGAAGCUCGUCGUGCGCGGAUUAAUGAAGGUGCCAAGAGUAGCGGUGAGCAUUUGAAGGCAGGAGCGAAGGGACUCGCUUAUGGAUUAUUGGGAGGGCUGACAAGCAUUGUGUCACAGACAUAUGAAGGAGCAACUAGAGAAGGAAUUGGAGGUAUUGUUACUGGAUUGGCUAAAGGUGUGGCAGGCACAGUGACAAAGCCAGCUGUCGGUUUACUUGACCUUGCUUCAGGAGCAGCAGCUGCUCUUAGUGCUGGUACAGCCUUACAGACGCAUCAGCCAGAGCCAGUACGGCUUCGACGAUACUGUAUUGGUAUGGGUGGUGUGCUGCCUCAGUACUCAAGUAUGCUGGCUAAGGGCUGGGACAUAUUGUUGAAGCUGAAUGAUUUUGAUAUGAAUGAAAGACUGAUAGCUUAUGAGGGACUGCGGUUUGGAGAAGACAAGAUGUGUGUUAUUAUCUCGUCAUCCCAACUGUUUUUCUUUGGUUCAAGAGUACCAACAAGUUGCGAUGAUCUGACAAUCCUUGUGAAGCUUGCAGACAUGGAGAGAUGUGAUCCGAUAUCGAAGGCGAGCAGGGCGGGUAAGGGAAUGGUUUAUUACUUGCAGCUAGUUGUGAACGAAGCUGAACGAGGCAUGAGAACAAAACAAGUACGCUGUGACACAGAAAAAAUUUCUAAGAAAAUUGCUCAGGAGAUCAACUGUGCCAAGAGGCUGUUGAUGGAGCAGCAACACAUGGUGUCACUUCCAAGUGGACGUCCUACUGACAUCUGGUAGUGUAGCGAAUGACUUCUAUUAGCAUGAGUUGCUGUUUGCAUGUCAAAAGCGAUGAGCCUCAAAGACAGCAUCUCGUUGCAUUAUGACUUUUGCUUCCAAACGCAUAGUCAGCUUUGGAAGAGUAAUUGACUUAUAGAUGUUAUAAAAAUUUGCUGCUUUGAUAUAUUCUGUAAACAAAACCAAUUAGAAUGUUUAGUUAUUCUGUUG